AUGAAGAACCUCAGCAACGGGAAAGGACGGAGGAUCCACCCGACCCCACCGCCGGGAACGGCGCCGCGGGACCACCUGGCGGCGAUCCCUGCGGCGUUGUUGGCCCUGGUGGCGGCGCUGACGGCCGAGGAGAAAGAGGUUCUGGCGUACUUGCUCUCAGGCGGCGGUGGCCAUGAGAGGGGCAGCGAGCGGCGGCGGCUACGGCCGCACCCCCCGGAGCUGGGCUGCGAGUGUUUCUGUUGCUACAAGAGCUUCUGGGCGCGGUGGGACGCGUCGCCGAACCGGCACGUCAUCCACCGCAUCAUCGACGCCGUGGAGGAGAGCUUGGAGUCCAGGGAGCGCGAGCGCGGGGGUGGUGGCCGCCGCCGCCGGAAGCGCAACGGCCGUCGUGGGAGGAAAAUCGCCAACUCGGCAGCUGUGGCGGAGGAGGACGACGAUAGCUCGAGGGUGGACCCGAAGGGGUUCCUGGCGUUGGAGGGUGAGCACUCGGGGGAUGAUGAUGAUGGUAGCGUUGACGACGAUGAUAAAGAAGGGGACGUCGAUGACGAGGAGGAGGAAGAGGGCACGAAUGGUGUCAGCAACCCCAACGGCAAUGGAGGCAAGAGCUCCGUGAGGAGAUUCAUGAGUUUUAUCUGGGCAAGAGUUUGGGGAGUUUGGAAUUGA